UUAACGUUUCUAAACAUAAUGGCUGUGAGAUGUAAUUCUGAAAAAGUAGCUAAAUUCAUUCUCUGGACUUCUGUUGUUAUCCUAAUUGUAUCAACAGUUUUCUUUAUAGUGUUUCCCUCUAUUUAUAAAAACCAGCUGAAGAAGCAAAUAACACUGACAGAGGGUUCAGUGAUCACCACUAUUUGGAAAGAUAUACCUUUGCCAUUAUAUGAGAGACUAUAUUUUUUUAAUGUUACGAAUCGUGAUGAUUUUGUAAGAGGAGAUCCAUUAAAUGUUUCAGAAGUUGGUCCUUAUACUUAUAAAGGCAAAUGGGUGAAAAAGUAUCCUCAGUGGAAUUCAAAUGGUACUGUAUCUUACAGAGAAACAAGAACAUAUCAUUUUAUACCAGAAAUAUCCGUUGGAAGUCAGGAUGACGAAAUUUUUACAUUAAAUGGACCUAUGGCGAUUGCUGCUAAUAUGAUAAAGAAUUAUCCUUGGUGGUUAAAAAUAAUAGCCUCUGCUGCUCUAAAGAUAAAAGACGAAAAUCUAAUUACUCGGAAAAAAAUACGAGAACUUGUAUAUGAUGGUUACAAUGAUAUAAUUAUAAAAAUAGCACCUACUAUUAAACCUGACAUUCCUUAUAAAAACGGACGUUUUGCUUGGUUGUACGGCAAAAAUGCGACGGAUGAUGGUGUCUACACUGUUUUUACGGGAGCAGAAAACGCUUCAGUAACGAAUUUUAUUAAUACCUGGAAUGGACAAGAGCGACUGGAUUUCUGGAAAGGUGACGAAUGUAACAUGAUGAAUGGCACCAGCAUUGAAACUGGUCCGCCUAUAGAUGGAUAUCAAGAAACUUAUACUUUUUUUCAAUCUAUUUUCUGCAGAUCUCUCACCUUCAAUUACACUCGAGAUGUAACGCAUUACGGAUACUUUCUAAAAGAUUCGAAGCUACCUAUGAAAUUUUUGCAAACGGUAGUGAAAAUCCAAACAAUUAUUGUUUUGAUGUACAGCCAGGUUUAGCAUCUGGAGUAUUGGAUGUCAGCCCUUGCCAAUUUGGUGCACCUGUCCUCAUUUCGUUUCCUCACUUCCACAUGGCGGACCCAUCCUAUUUGAAAACAAUAAAUGGUCUUCAGCCAAAUGCAGAAAAUCAUAAUUCGUACAU